UUAAAAAAUUGUUAAUCAAAACGAAAGUCAGUUUAAGUUUAAGUAGAAAUCGAUCGACGUAAAUGUCGUUUUUUCAUCGCUCUAGGACCAUGGGACAGUCUAACAACAAAAUGGUGACCACUACUGAAGCUCGUUUUGACAAGGCAGUAAAUAGCCUUGAGCUGUUAAACAAGUCUGGGAAACAGGCGGUUAAUGGCAUGAUGGAUAUUUUCCGCCAUAUGGACAAUCAUAUCAAUACAUUAAAGAGUGAAAAAGAAUUUCUUACCAGACAGCUUCAAAGAAUUGAUACAAAAACUUACAGUCAUCAAGGUUCGAAAGAUAGAAUGAUUGUAUUUUGUGAAGCAGAUACUCAAACCGAAACAGACAAGGAUUUAUCAUUAUCAAUUUUAAAUGAAUCAUUGAGUAGUAGAAAUAGAGAACUGGAGGAUGAAAUCACAACUUUGAGAGAGCGGGUUAAGAACGAAGUAACCCAGACUGGAGGCAACAUACUUACAAAUGUUGCCUGUAAAGUAUUGCUUCCACAAACAAAAAGCGACAAGUAUGUUCCAUCCGGCACAGAUGAACAAAAUAGUCAAGUUUCGCAAUCCGAGUAUGAACAGCUUCUGAAUGAUAAUGAUAUCCGCACUGAGGAAAUUAGAAAAUUAGGCAGUCAGUUGAAUCUAGAGAAGCAGGAACAUAUCCUAACCAAAGAACAUACAAAAAAACGAAUCGAAGACUUGGAGAAUAAAACAAAAACCUUACAGGGUCAAUUGAGAAAGUCUGAGACGGAUACAAAUAAAAUGGCACAUGAUAUUGAAGAAUUUCAUGAAAAGUCUAAAAAGGACGAGGAAACGAUCAACAUGUUUAAAAAUGAAAUGAGUGAAAAAAUCAAUAAGAUACAAGAACAAGAAACACGAAUCCAAGAACUCAGUAACGAAAUAGAACAGAACAAAAAACUCAUUAACGAUAAAAUUACUGAGACUUCAUCUAAAGAUCAAAAGAAAAAAGAAUUAAAUUUACUUAUCAUUGCGCUGAAAGGAAAGCUUGAUGUAAAUGAAAAGCAAUUACAGGAAAUGAAACAAGUCAAUGCAAAACUCGACGAUUGCAACAAUGAACUCCGUAAUAAAAAUAGUAGUGCAGAAAAGACUGUAUUCGCUCUUGAAAAACGUAUGACAGAAAGGGACGCAACGGUGAAAGAUUUGGAAAAGAAAUUUUCUCUUUUGGACGAACAGUAUAAAAUAAGGGGUCAGACAAUAGAACAAAAGAAAGCAGAUCUUGAAGAAUUGAGGAAUCAAAUACAAAACAAGGAAUCAGAACUAACUUUAAAUAAACAACAAAUGGACAAAGAAUCUAAACAGUUAAAAAAUGAACUUUCAUUGGAGGCAGUAAAUUUUCGAAAUGAAAAAGUAAAAACUAAAGAUUUGGAGAACAAAGUUUCACAAUUAAAAGAGCAAAUAUCAGAUCUUAAACUCACAAAUAAUAAAUUAGAAACUGAUUUAGAAAUCAAUGAGACCAUUGCAACACAAGAAAAUGUCAAGUUGCAAGAACUGUCAAAUGAUUACGGUUCCUUGUUGGAAAAGUAUGAGUUUUUGAAAAAAGACAAGGAAACACUCGCCCUAAAAUCCAAGGUAAAAAAACAGCUAAGCUUCCAUAGCGUUCUAAAGCAACCCCAAUCAGAUCAAGCUGUCGGUGGUAUCGUGUCCCUUCUUCAAACUGAAUCCCCUGAUGCUGAACUAGAAAUCAUACAGGAAUCUAAAAGAAGCAAGAAUGUUCCUUUAUUAGUUGUGUUAUAUAACCUCUCUAGACUGACUGAUGAUGCUAACGGAGCUCUAAAUGGAGUUGAAGCUGCUUCUGACGUUGCUUUGGUAGUUCUACAUUCAAAAGAAAUCAAGAAACCAAGCGAAAAGAUUCUGACGGAACCAGACUUUAAAAAGUUGGGCAUUAUAGUGGACAUAAGUUUUUUAUCAGCUAAAGGAAUAAUUUCGAACGAUACAACUGAUAAUGCUAUCAAACAUCUUUCUGCAUUUAUCAACAAAUUCACGUCGGACUAAAGCUUCAAACCGUGAUAUUUUGAGUUUUUUUUUAAUGGCUGGUUAUACAGAGGUGGAUCCAAUAACUCAAUAUGGUUGGGUUCCCCUAAUAGCAAAAAAGUGUUCUGUAGUACAUUUUUCUUUUCUUUGGCAAAGGUUUUUGGUGAGCCCCUCCACCUUUUAGAUCCGCUAUCGUUAUAUACGAAAAUCUAUCACCGGAACUUAUGUUUAAAAAAAUUAUGCUGGGUGCUUGCUUUGAUAUUUUAGAUUCAUAUAACUUGUAUUUAGAUUAUAGAUUUAUAAUGUCAUAUUUUAAUGAAAACAUAUUAUUAAAUAUGACCGAAAAGUA